UCCCUGAUCACUAAAAAACUAAAAUCAAAUGGAAAUCAAAGAAAGAUUGAAAGCUGGAAAUAGGGCAUACUUCAGCCUACAGAAAAUCCUUAGAUCAAGGCUGUUAAGCUGGAGCAGUUAAAUUGAAAUUUAUAGGACAGUUCUGUGACCAGUGGUGAUAUAUGCUUGUGAAGCAUGGGUGUUGACAAGUUGUGAUAAGAUGCUGUUGAAUCGAUGGAAGAGAAAAAUCCUAAGAAGAAUUUAUGGGCCAGUGUUAGAGGCUGAUAGGUGGAGAAAAAAUGAUGAGCUCUAUAAUCUGUAUGGACAACCGAGCAUUGUUACUGAAAUUAGAAGAGCACGUAUUCGUUGGUUGGGCCAUGUGGAACGUAUGCCGGAAACCCGUACAGCACGUUUAUAUGUCUCUGUAUCAGCAACCAGGGGCACAGAGAAAGCGAGGCUGACCACGCAAGAGAUGGUUGGACGACGUGGAGGCAGACCUUCAAUCCUUGGGCGUGAGAAGGUGGAGACAGCGAGCACAGGACAGACAUGCAUGGAAAAGGCUUGUGGAGGAGGCCAAGGCUCUUCGAGGGCCGUAGAGUCAAUGAAUAGUAGUAGCAUGAAUAUGAUAAAUUAUUCAGUUCCGUGUUAAAAUUUUCAUCUGAUAAAAAUAUUUCUCCACUAUUUUAAAAUAAUUUU